UUGCCCCGCCCCCUCCGCCUCCGUCCCGCCCCUUACGACGUCGCAGAGAUGGCGGAGCUGGACAUCGGGCAACACUGCCAGGUGGAGCAUUGUCGACAGCGAGAUUUUCUUCCAUUUAUUUGCGAUGGUUGUUCAGGAAUAUUUUGCCUUGAACACAGAAGCAGGGAGUCUCAUGGUUGUUCUGAGGUGACUAUAAUCAAUGAAAGACUAAAGACAGAUGAACAUAAAUCUUACCGAUGCUCAUUUAAGGACUGUGCUGAAAGAGAACUUGUGGCAGUUAUAUGUCCUUAUUGUGAGAAAAACUUCUGCCUAAGACACCGUCAUCAAUCAGAUCAUGAGUGUGAAAAACUGGAAAUCCCAAAGCCUCGAAUGGCUGCCACUCAGAAACUUGUUAAAGACAUUAUUGAUUCCAAGACAGGAGAGACGACAAGUAAACGACGGAAAGGAGCCAAAAAUAGUGAAACAGCUGCAAAGGUUGCAUUGAUGAAAUUAAAGAUGCAUGCUGAUGGGGAUAAGUCAUUGCCUCAGACAGAAAGAAUUUACUUUCAGGUUUUCUUGCCUAAGGGCAGCAAAGUGAAGAGCAAAGCAAUGUUCUUUUGCCACCGAUGGAGUAUUGGGAAGGUCAUAGACUUUGCAGCUUCUCUAGCCAGUCUCAAAAAUGACAAUAACAAAUUAACAGCUAAGAAAUUGAGGUUAUGUCACAUUACUUCAGGAGAAGCCUUACCCUUGGAUCAUACUUUGGAAACCUGGAUUACUAAGGAGGACUGUCCUUUAUAUAAUGGUGGAAAUAUUAUCUUGGAAUAUCUUAAUGAUGAGGAACUAUUUUUAAAAAAUGUUGAUUCUUACUUAGAAUAGUCAUUCAGUGAUACAAGCCAGAAAUCACAAGGCAAAUUCUAUGUAUAUUUUUAAGUUAAUUUAUUUUACUAUAAAUACUGUUAUUUUUUAAAGUUGCCUUUUUGCUUAUUUCCAUUUUACCGUAUUUUAUAUUAUUGGUUUUCUGUUGCAUUUGAUUUUUUGUGUUUUAAUAUUUAACUAUGAACUGAAACUCAGUUAUUAGCAAAUUCUUGUAUUUAAUUAGCUUCUAUUAGGUUAUGCUGUAGUAAUAAAAACAAAGGUAUAUCUUCUGGUGGGUUAACGUCCAUCUGUUGUUUGGCUGUAGCACUGUUCCACAUCAUCUUUAUUCCAGGAUUGAAGCUGAAGUAGUGGCCCUCUUUGGGCACUUUGCCAUUCUUACGGAAGAGGGAAAAGAGAUGAAAGAAAUUUCAGCCCUCUCUCAGAUGAUACAUGCAUCAUUUUUACUUUAAGCAAGUCAUAUGGCCAAGCCUAGCAUCAUGGAGCCAGAAAGUAAAGGUUUACUAUCUACUUAAAUUAUGAUGUAUCUAUUGUUGUGUGUGCAUGA